AUGUCCAACAAAACCGACUACUUCACUCCCACGCCCUCGCAUAAUGGUUGCCCACCCGAUUGCCUAGUACCCUCCUCUUCAAAGAAUCCGCCUACGCCGUCCUACAACGAGCUACUGCGAAAAUUCCUCCUAUUCUGCGUCGCGGUCGAGCUAAACGUCGAAGCAUCUCUCGAGAAGGAGGAGUUCUUAACGAAGAAAGAACUCAUCCAUUUCGUCGAACUGGCCCAAUUUUACUGCGGCAAAUUCCAGAGCUCUAAUACCAAGAACCAGGCCAGGGAGCGCCAACUGCGAGUCACCAUUACUAAUACCGCCGAGGAAAUGGGCCUUGAUGGAGAAGAGAUACAUGCUCGCGUUCUCCCUCCUUUCUGGAAGUCAACAUUAGGCCAGCCUAAGGGAGAAGAUGAAGCGUGGAAGCUGAUGACCAGGCUUGAAACCUAUGAUUACUUUGUGCCAUGGCUGACCGGCGAACGAAUCGAGAAUCCUUUGCUAAACCAAGAGUUCAAGGCAAAAAUCCAGAAUGGCGAGGGCGAAAAGCUGGAAGAAAAGCUCGAUAUUUCCAUCCAGGAAAGAAUGAAGGACGCAGCCAAAGAGGUGCAAUUGGAUGUCAAACAGUGCAUUGAAACAAUUCACCGCAAGUCGAGCCGUGGCAAGUCUGACAGCGUCACUGGCGUGAUAGAUGGCAAGAGGCCAGGAGGUGGCAUACCUUCCCCGGAUCCAGGCACGAGAUUGCCUGAUCUGACGAUCGCGCUCGAGAUUGUCGACUUCAUGAGGAACCACGACACCGCCAAUAUUGGUCGACGCGGCGAGGGAAACUCCUCCAACAAGAACACUGAGUUCUGCUCACAUGCCAAGAUGAGGGCAGUUUGGGAGGUCGUUUCAUCUCAGCAUGACACCCGAUCAGACAGGCGGCGCACAAGGGCGAGAGCGUUGACCGAAAAGAUUAAGGCGCGAGGGAAGAGAAUAAUCUCGAGGCUGAGCUGGUGGAAGCCUCCUACUCCACGUAGAUUGUGGACCAAUCACCUGGAGCGAAAAGGCGGCCGGGUGAAACGGGCGCGGGGUGAGGUAGAGAGAGUGGAGGCGGAGUUAGAGUAUGGGAAGGCGGAGGAGGAGCAGGAGGUCAUUGCAGAGUAA